CCCCUACUCUCUCUCUCAAUCUCACUCAACAAGGAGAGCCUCUGACUCUCACACUCCCAAAAAAGCACCGCCACCGCCACCGCCACCGCCACCGCCACCGCCGGGCUACUCUGCUUCGUCUCGUGACUCUCGCGUCGGCCCCUGUGCAUCUCCUUCCUGGCUCGUCGCCUCCUCUGCGUGACAGCGUCUCGCAUCAUCGUUGUCGUCGUCGCGCCCUCGUCCGGCGUGGCUCACCGUCGCUGCUGCAUUCCCCUUGCCAGACUCUGCUUCGCCGUGCUUGGUCUCCCUCUUCUCAGACACUAUUACUAAUCCAGCUGUUUGAGGGGACGAGCAGGCAACGCAGUCUUUGCUCCAAAACAUGGACAUCAAAACCUUUGCUUUCGCCGCUGCUACUCCGCCACUAUCGGUCAUCGCCGCCGCCAAGCUCGCCGGAAUCUCUCCCUCGGUUGACACAUCACUCCCUCCUGACUCAUCUCCGAUAUUUCUCUUCUCUAAUGGGCUGAAAUUGCACGGAGCAUCCGUUCUUCUGCGUUAUGUUGGGCGGGUUGCCAACAUUCCCAAUUUCUAUGGCCAAGAUGCUUUCGAGGCUACCCAGAUUGAUGAAUGGCUGGAGUAUGUACCUGUCUUCUUAUCAGGCCCUACUUUUGAGAAUGGAUGCAAAUAUAUGGAUCAGUUCUUGGAGAAGCGUACACUUUUUGUUGGCCAUUCAUUAUCAAUUGCGGAUGUAGCAAUCUGGUCAAGUCUUGCAGGAACUGGAAAGAGAUGGGAAAGUCUAAGGAAGUCAAAAAAGUAUCCAAAUCUUGCACGAUGGUUCAAUUCAAUUACAGAGGAAUAUGGUUCUGCAAUAAAUGAAGUUACAACAAAAUAUACUGGAAAAAAAAGUGCAGAUCCAUCAGUGGCCAUGCCAGCUGUGGCUGAUCAAGUGAAGACUGUGAAUGGUGAUCUAUCUGCUAAAGGAGGAAGCAAAUCUUCAGCAGAUAUAGAUCUUCCAGAUGCUGAAGUUGGAAAAGUUUGUCUGCGUUUUGCUCCGGAACCCAGUGGCUAUCUUCACAUUGGACACUCAAAAGCAGCCUUGUUGAACAAAUAUUUUGCUGAGCGAUACCAAGGCAAAGUUAUUCUACGGUUUGAUGAUACGAACCCUGCUAAAGAAAGCAAUGAAUUUGUGGACAACGUGCUGAAAGAUGUUGAUACAUUGGGUAUCAAUUAUGAACGCGUGACAUAUACAUCCGAUUACUUCCCUGAGUUGCUGAAAACUGCUGAAAAUUUAAUACGCCAGGGUAAAGCAUAUGUUGAUGACACCCCACGUGAACAGAUGCAAAAAGAAAGAAUGGAUGGCAUAGAAUCUAAAAACAGAGACAACACCAUGGAGGAUAACUUGAAAUUGUGGAAGGAAAUGAUUGCAGGAUCUGAGAGAGGCUUACAAUGUUGUGUCCGUGGCAAGUUGGAUAUGCAGGACCCAAACAAAUCACUCAGAGAUCCUGUGUAUUAUCGUUGCAAUCCUAUGCCUCAUCACAGAAUUGGAUCCAAGUAUAAGGUUUACCCAACUUAUGACUUUGCGUGUCCAUAUGUUGAUGCUAUUGAAGGAAUUACUCAUGCUCUUCGGUCUAGUGAGUACCAUGAUCGAAAUGCUCAAUAUUACAGGAUUCAGGAGGAUUUGGGAGUUCGAAAAGUUAUAAUCUAUGAAUUCAGUCGAUUAAAUAUGGUCUACACUGUUCUCAGCAAACGAAAACUUCUGUGGUUUGUCCAAAAUGGGAGAGUUGAUGGAUGGGAUGACCCGCGAUUUCCUACAGUGCAAGGAAUUGUUCGCAGAGGUUUGAAAAUUGAGGCACUAGUACAGUUUAUUGUUGAGCAAGGAGCAUCAAAAAAUCUCAAUCUCAUGGAAUGGGACAAGCUUUGGACAAUUAAUAAGAAGAUUAUUGAUCCUGUCUGCCCGAGACACACUGCUGUCAUUGCAGACAGACGAGUGUUGCUGACCCUCACUGAUGGUCCUGAGAAACCAUUUGUCCGCAUCAUACCUAAGCACAAGAAAUAUGCUGCUGCUGGCGAUAAAGCCACAACAUUUACUAAAAAGAUAUGGCUUGACCAUGUUGACGCAGCGUCCAUAUCAGCAGGCGAGGAAGUAACCCUAAUGGACUGGGGAAAUGCCAUAGUGAAGGAAAUACAGAAGGAUCAAGAUGGGAAUGUCACAGGGUUGAUUGGUGUUUUGCAUCUUGAAGGGUCUGUGAAGACCACAAAAUUGAAACUCACUUGGCUGCCUUUCAUAGAUGAACUAGUUAACCUGACAUUGGUGGACUUUGAUUAUCUGAUUACCAAAAAGAAGCUCGAAGAAGGGGAGGAUUUCAUGGAUGUGAUUAACCCAUGUACCAAAAAGGAGACUCUAGCUUAUGGAGACUCCAAUAUGCGAAACCUUCAGCGUGGAGAUAUAUUGCAGUUGGAGAGGAAAGGCUAUUUCAGGUGUGACGCACCCUUCAUUAGGGCAUCCAAGCCAAUUGUGCUAUUUGCAAUCCCUGAUGGUAGGCAGCAGACAAAGUAAACUUUUGUUCUUUAAAAUGUUCUAGAACAACCCACAUUCAAUAGCUCAGUUGCUAGUAAUGGGGGCUUACUAGUUUGUGGAACUACUUCAUGUUUACCAUCACAAAAUUAAAAUUGUACUAUGAAUCAAGCAAACCAUUUUAGUGGGUUCUUGACCAGCA